CUUUGCCGUUACGUUUUUACAUCAAGCAAUUUAUGAUAAAUGGUCAUUAAUUCAACUUCGGGAAGCAAAAUUAACCGCACUAUUUACUUCGAAUGCUCUACCUCAUUCGUCAUCAUUAUCGCCAUCAAGUUCAUUAAAAAAUGUAUCGGAAUAUCAAAAUGAACGUAAAUCAACAUCUACAUUUAAUUUACAUGUUCCACGUCAUUCAUCGUUACCAUUUUCAAGUCUAUUAGAAGACAUUUCUGAUGAUGACGAUGAUGAAAUAUUUGUUUCAUCUAUUUCUCGAAUUAAUGGUACAAUUCCUUUAAUUAAUCCAAUUUCUCCGGUUCAAAUAGAACUGGCUAUAGUGCCUGAUAUCGUUCCGAUCGAACCUAUACCGGUCCAUCAAACAUUAGCUACACGUGAACCACCUAAAUCACGUCACACAUGUCGGUCCUUACUAUCACGCAUCCGUCGCAAUUAUCGCCGCAAUGCAGUUAAACGUUCAUAUCGAGAUCGUCAUUGUAUUUAUCGCUUCGUUUAUCAUCGAUUCAAGCUUUAUCAGCUCAAACAUAUUCUUCGUCAACGUGAUGUUAGAUAUGUGCAUUUAAAACUUGAUAAAUCAUUACAAGUUUUAUCAAUUGGCAUGAAACGAUCGUCUUUGGUCGAUUUAUAUUUCGAUCGUUUACCUGGUGAUUUGUUUGAUAAAAAACAUUAUUAUCAACAUCGUCACCAUCAACAUCGUCACCAUCAACAUCGCUACGACUAA